AUGGCAGUCAUCCAACAGAUCAAAUCGUGGCUCCGCAGUCUGGCCACUCAUGUUUAUAAGGAAAUAGAAGAGGAUGCUUCUGGCGACGAGGGACUCGAGCUGCUGGAAGGUGGUCGAGAUGUGACCAUCGGAAGGGUUGCGGCUGGACAGGAUCCAUCUCGCUAUUGCCAUAUCGCCACUGCAGAGAUGGCUUACGCCCGCGAUGAAGAAUGUGGCCAAACCCCAAUUCAAAAUCAGUAUAUUGAGUCGUAA